UUACCAAGCCAUCGUGCCGUUGUCACUAACCUCCAAGUCGAAGAAGAAGAAAACAAGGAUAACGGUCGACAAGAUAAGCGAAAUAAAUCAUGGAUACCUCGUUAUCGUCAAUUCGAAAGCUAAAAAAGUCUUCAAAAACAUCCGAAUCGGAAUAUAGUUCGUCCGAUGAAGAGUUGCAGGAAGCCUUUGCGAAAGGAUUGUUGAAGCCAGGUCUCAAUAUUCCGAUCGAAACAAAUAAUAAGCAAUUUAAAAAUUGUGUUAGUCUCAUGAAGCAAAAGUUGAGCGAAAUAAAGCUGAAUUUGCCAUGGAUUGAAAGGCUAGAUAUGGUAAAUGCUCCAGCACCACUGGCACCAGAGUUGGCUCUUCAAAUGCAAGAGCAAGAAGUGAAACGGGCUAAGCAGUUGCAAGGAAACAAGAAAUUACCUCAAUAUGAACCAUCCCAAGAUCCUGUUUUAAAUGACUUUCGGAGGGAAACCAUGUUUCAUCGACAGGCUCAGGGAGCUGUUAUGGAUGGUAUUGCUAGAUUAAAGAAAUUAGGCAUACAAACAUCUAGGCCAGAUGAUUAUUUUGCCGAGAUGGCUAAGUCUGAUGAGCAUAUGCAAAAAGUGCGAGAAAAUUUGAUGAAGAAACAGAUGAUAGCACAAAGAUCGGAAAAAGUGAGACAAUUGAGGCAACAAAAGAAAGUGGCCAAGCAAAUGCAAGUCGAGGCUACUUUGAAAAAACAUGCGGAGAAGAGGAAAAUGUUAGAAGAGGUUAAAAAGUAUCGUAAGGGUAUAAGGCAGGAUCUUGAUUUCUUGGACGAUAAGAAAAAACCAGAGAAGAAACAGCUAAAUCAUAAAAUAAAUCCAAAGGCACAAAUGAAAGCAAAAUUGAAGGCUGAUAAAUAUGGUUAUGGAGGUAAGAAGCGUCGUAGUAAAUGGAACACGAGCAGCAGUUCGGCUGAUAUUUCCGAAUACAGGCGGUCGCAUAAGCCUGGGAAACAAGGAAAGCAGGGAAAAGGUGGUAAAGGUAGCAAAGGAAAACCAAGAUUAGGUAAAAAUCGUAGAAUACAAAUAAAAGCAAAAAGAAAGAUGUAAGAAAGAACUUGAGUGUAAUUGCAGUAAGCUUGAUUCUCAUUUCGUAUAAUUGUAUAUACUUGAGUGGCCAAAAUAGUGCGAAUGGAGUUUUUUAUUAAUAAAUUGUUUGUAUACAAUUACACUC